UAACUCUUCACCUCUGCUGAUCUGAGAGAGAGACAGACAGAGAGAGAGAGACAGGAGGGCGAGCGAGGGAGGGAAUGAGGGAGGAAAAGGUGUGGCCUGCUGUAGAUACGACCCUGACUGCUACAGCUCUCUCUCUCUCUCUCUCUCUCUCUCUGUCUGUCUGUCGCUCUGUCUUUGAGUGACUACAGCGCUGCAGAUCGAAAGGAACGAGGAACCACACAGAGGAAGAGUUUGAUCUGCUGUUCAGUGUGUGCUGAAGAUCUUUCGGACAGAUCUGGGAAGUUCUUCAGCGCAGGUCUUCAUGGCGUCUGCGGCCCCUCAGAAGAGGAUGGUGUCGUCCGUCUUCAUCACUCUGGCGUCUCCGUACGGGGCGAGCGUCACGCCGACGGCUCGCGUCCACAGCAGCCCGUCCAGAGAGCAGCCGCUGCGCCGGUCCACGGCCUCACAGGACGGACAGAUCGACCCGCCUGCGCCCGCGCCCGGGUCCAGAGCCCACAACACACCCGCCGCCGCCCCCUACAGAAGACACACGGACACGCCCACUCCAGACCCAGUUGUGAGCCGUGCCCCUGCUGCCCCUGAUGACCUCCCUCCUCCUCCUCCUCCUCCUCCUCGUGACCCCUGUGACCCUGAGCCCGGAGCUCCGGCUGCCCCUGCACAGGAGAGCGCUGUGGGUCAAGCGCUGCUGAGAUCGGCGCCCUCUGCUGGAGGAGACGUGAAGGAGCUUUCAGCUGAUGUGUGUGGAUUCUGUCGUAAGACGGUGCCGCUGUCCGAACCCGCCAUCGAGGCUCUGAACCGGACGUACCACGCCGCGUGCUUCCAGUGCCGGCAGUGCCACGCUCCACUGGCAGCCAAGAUCUACUACAAUAAAUCUGGCACUCCUCUGUGUGACGACUGUUACCAGGCCAGUCUGGAGCCGUGCUGGGCGUGCGGUGACGUCAUCAAAGAUCACGUGAUCCGAGCGCUGGAACGAGCCUAUCACCCGCCCUGUUUCGUGUGCACGACCUGCAGACAGCCAAUCGGAGAGCAGAGGUUUGCUCAGGGGGAAGUGGGCGAGGUUUACUGCCUGCAGGACUACUACAGGAAGUACGCGCCGCAGUGUCACGUGUGCGGAGAGCUGAUCAUCCCGCGCGAGGACGGAACGGACAGUUACACGGUGGAGUGUUUGGGUCACUCGUACCACGAGGACUGUUACCGCUGUGAGGUGUGCAGUGUGCUUCUGUCUCCGGAGCCCAAUGAGAGCGGCUGCCACCCGCUGGACGGACAGAUCCUGUGUAAACCGUGUCACGUGUCGCUGAUGCAGAGCGCGCCGCAUUAAACCUGCAUUAAACCAAUGUGAUGAUGACACACCGAUUGUAUUAGAAACUGCAGCAUUGGGACCAUUAAUACUUUCUUACCCUGACAGCACACGUACAUCUCAGAGACGUCUGCAAGACGUGUUUUUUAGACUGUUUGCUCAUCUGCCAUACGUCUACAGGACGUUUCCUAUCAGAUGUCAAACAGAUGUUUAGAAGAUGUGUUUAAGAUGUAAAACUGAUAUCUUAGAGACGUCUAUCAGAUGUUUGUACACAGCAGAUGCUUUCCAGAUCUCUUGCAGACGCACCUGUGCUAUCUUACCAUUCCUCUGAUUAUAUCAAUGUAUCUGACAUAUCAACUGUAACGUGCUCUUUUGCACUCUUUCUUCUAAUAUGCGCAAAAUGCAAAGCACCAAAGAUAUUUAUUCAACAGCAGCGACACCAAAGCCCCAUAUUCAGUGUUAUUUCCAGUGUAAUAGGAACACACCCGUAUCUGAAUAAACGACUAAUAUAUGAUA